AUGUCAGCAAGAAUAGCAAGUAAAAAAGGCGAAAAGCAACAAACAGAAACUAAGAAUGACUGUGAUAAUAAAGUUGUUGGCAAGUCAGUAAACAAUAAAAAGAAUACCAAAAAAAUAAGGAACAAAUACGAUAAAAUGCAAGAAGCAGAAUCUAUUACUGACUCGAACGAAGAAUCUAAAACGCAAAAAAGAAAAUCAAAAGAAGUUGAAGAAUCCAAUAUUAGUGGCCCUGAAAGUGAACCUAAGAAGCGAACAAGAGAAUCCAAACAAAUAGUUGAAUCAGAUUACUCAGAUAUGCAGGCUAAUCGUCUACAAGGCGUGACGAAAUAUAUUGGAGCUCAUGUUAGCGCCGCCGGUGGAGUUCAUAAUGCUAUUAAGAAUGGAUUAAUGAUCGGCGCAAAUGCUCUUGCAAUCUUUGUCAAGAAUCAGCGUAGAUGGAAUUCAAGCCCUCUAGACCCAGAAUCAGUUUCCCAAUUCAAAUCAGAUUGUCAAAAGUAUUCGUAUGCGUCUAAAUAUAUAUUGCCACAUGGAAGUUAUUUGAUUAAUCUGGCAAAUCCCGAUGAAGCGAAGCGAGAAAAGAGCUAUCAUGCUUUUUUGGAUGAGUUGAAAAGAUGCGAGGCGUUGGGUCUUUAUAUGUAUAAUUUUCACCCAGGCUCAUCAGUGGGUCAAUGUACUUUGGAUGAGUCCAUACAACAUAUUGCUGAUUGUAUCAAUCGAGCUCACAUUGAAACUAAAAACAUUAUCUGCGUCCUUGAAAAUACGGCUGGUGAAAGGAAUAAAGUUGGUAAUAAAUUUGAAGACUUGGGCAAAAUCAUUGCAAAAGUAAAAAAAAAAGAUCGCGUUGGAGUAUGCAUUGAUACUUGUCACGCGUUUGCUGCUGGCUAUGAUCUGCGAACAAAAAAAGGCUACGAAGAAGCAAUGACAGAGUUUUCACAACACGUAGGAUUCAAUCAUCUUCGUGGCAUGCACUUGAACGACUCACGUGCAAAGUUUCACUCUUGUCGUGACCUUCAUGAAAAUAUUGGGAAAGGUUUUUUGGGAUUAGAGGCUUUUCGCUUGAUAAUGAAUGAUGACCGUUUGAAUGAGUUACCGUUGAUUCUUGAAACUCCGGUGGUACGUGAUGAUACUUGGGUAUCGGAAAUCAAAUUGUUGUAUAGCUUAAUUGGGAAGCAGGAAGGGGAUGUUUCUAUUGCUACAGAUGAUGUCCUUAAUAAUACGAUCAAUGACGAUCCACCCGUUGUUACUGAUUUUUUAGAUCUGGAAUUUAUCUUUAAUUUAUCAAUCUAUUCGAUUUCUCGUACAAAAGUUCGCAUUGACAGAAUCGGGAAAAAUAGAUUAACAAAGUCAUCGUUGUGUCGACGAACCGUUUCGACGCGUUUUUUAUCGUCAUUAUCUACGUCGAGAAAAGGACAUGCAAGUAAUAUACUACAACUAAAUAAAAAACGGUAUUCUAUAAAUGGACAAACGAGUCGGUCUUAUGGAAGUGAGGCAGCAAUAAGGGAAAAAGCAACGAUUGUAAAACUCUUGUAUAAUAUUGCUUCACGCAAAGAAGUAGAAGUUUAUUUGCGCCACUUUGCAUCAGUCGAAUCCCAAAAAUUUGCCGUGAUAAAAGUCGGCGGAGCAGUCCUGUCUGAUGAAUUAGAAACUCUUACUUCUUCAUUAACCUUUCUUAAUAGAGUCGGUCUAUAUCCAAUUGUACUGCACGGGGCAGGUCCACAACUAAAUAAAGAAUUGGAAGAAGCUGGUGUUGUACCUGAAUACAAAGAAGGAAUUCGUGUAACAGAUCCAAAGACGUUGGAAAUCGCUCGUAGAGUAUUUCUCAAGGAAAAUUUAAAACUUGUUGAAGCGUUAGAAAAAUCGGGAACACGUGCACGUCCCAUUCCUAAUGGUGUUUUCAUUGCCGAUUAUCUGGAUCGUGAGAAAUAUGGGUUCGUGGGUGAGAUUACUGGUGUUCAGAAAAACGUUGUUGAGGCCAGUAUUAAAGCUGGCACGUUGCCGAUCUUGACUAGUUUGGCGGAAACUCCAUCAGGGCAAAUUUUAAACGUUAAUGCUGAUGUGGCUGCUGGUGAACUGGCCAGAGUUAUGGAACCAUUGAAAAUUAUUUAUUUGAGUGAAAAAGGUGGAUUAUUUAAUGGUGAAACGAAUAAAAAAAUUGAUGUGAUUAAUUUAGAUGAAGAAUACGAAGGAUAUAUGGCACAGUCAUGGGUUAAAUACGGGACACGAUUGAAAAUUAAAGAAAUAAAAGAACUGCUUGAUCAUUUACCUCGAACUUCUUCCGUAGCCAUCACAUCUGCUGGUGAGCUACACAAAGAACUUUUUACGGAUAGUGGUUCGGGAACAUUAGUACGACGUGGAUAUCGUCUCUUCAAACAUAAAUCAAUUAAUGAGCUUGACCAGAAAAAACUACACGAUUUACUGCAAUUAGAUCCAAUAAUCGCAUCUGGUUCAUCAGAUGCCUCUUCUUACUCUUCUUAUCUGGAACUUUCGAAAAAACCCUAUACAAUAUACAACGAUGAACCAGUUGAAGUGUUGGCCAUUAUUUCUGAAAGUCAGAAUAAUCCUAGUGGGGUUCCUGUUCUUGAUAAGUUUGUAGCUACAAAGAACGGAGUGCUUAAUAACGUCACAGAUAAUGUCUGGACUAUGAUUAGAACCGAUUAUCCUCGAUUAAGUUGGACUGUAAGCGCGCAUGAUGAAAACUUAGCAUGGCAUUUUAAUAAAUCAGAAGGAAGUUAUAAAUCGGGAGACAAAACGAUCUUUUGGUAUGGCAUUGAUAAUCUUGAUGAAAUCUCAAAUAUUAUUACAGAAUUUGUCAAAACCCAAUCAACUACCAAUAAAGAUGAAAAGCGUACAAGUUCUGGUUCUCUUCCUUCAGGAACUCGUUCAUAUUCCACUUUUGCUGAUAAGAAAUUUUCACAUCGAGAAUAUUCUUCAUUUAGUCCCUCCUCACCUCGAUCAGUUAAGGUUGCCUUGAUAGGGGCCCGAGGAUACACUGGUCAAAAUCUUAUUGCACUAAUUAAUAGCCAUCCUCAUUUGUCUUUGUCUCAUGUUUCAUCUCGAGAAUUAGAGGGGAAAAAAUUAGAAGGUUAUACCAAAAAUAAUAUUACAUAUGUAAACUUGAAAGCAGACCAGAUGAAAGAAAUGCAGAAGAAUAAGGAAGUUGAUUGUUGGGUAAUGGCAUUGCCGAAUGGUGUGUGUGCACCAUUUGUGCAGGCAAUUGAUGAUGCUGAGGUUGAUCAGAGUUUAAUUGUAGAUUUAAGUGCUGAUUAUCGAUUUACUGAUACUUGGACUUAUGGUCUACCUGAACUAUCUGACCGUGAAGCAAUUCGAAAAGCUACACGUAUAUCUAAUCCCGGGUGUUACGCGACAGGAUCUCAACUAGCAAUUGCUCCAUUAUUGCCAUUCAUAUCCCAAGAACCAACUGUAUUUGGUGCAUCCGGAUAUUCCGGUGCUGGAACAAAACCAUCCCCCAAAAAUGAUCCCGCAUUUCUCAAAGACAAUCUAAUUCCUUACUCCUUAACCGACCAUAUACACGAACGAGAAAUCUCUCAUCAGCUUAAUCAGACUGUUAAUUUCAUCCCUCAUGUAGCUUCAUAUUUUCAGGGAAUUGCGUUAACUGUUAAUAUUCCCCUUUCUAGAACGUUCAAGUCUUCGGAAAUCCGGGAAAUAUACGAGGAAAAAUAUGCCAAUGAAAAAUUGGUCAAAAUUGUGUCCGAUGUUCCGCUUGUAAGAGAUAAUGCGCAAAAACAUUUUGUAAAAAUUGGAGGUUUUGGAGUGCACUCAUCUGGAAAACGAGUGGUCGUUAUUGCUACCAUAGACAAUCUUUUAAAGGGUGCAGCAACUCAGGCUUUACAGAAUAUUAACCUUGCCCUUGGAUACGAUGAAUAUGAAGGUAUUCCAUUGGAAUAA